AUGCAUGAAUUUUAUUACAAUCUCAAACAAAGAAACAAAGAGUUCCCUCUUCCUCCUGGUGAUUUGGGAUGGCCAUUCAUUGGCAAUACGCUGGCCUUUCUUAAACACUUCUCAUCUGGACAUCCUGAUUCAUUCAUCAGUAACAUCGUUUCCAAAUAUGGACGAAAUGGUAUCUAUAAGACUCAUUUGUUUGGAAACCCUAGCGUUAUAGUUUGUGAGGGUGAAAUGUGUAAACGGAUGUUGACAGAUGAUGAGACAUUUAAAAUCGGUUAUCCAAAAUCCACUAUAGAAGUAGUGAGAUGUAAAUGUAUUUGGAGUUUCUCUAAAGAAGAACACAGACGUUUUAGGCGCUUAAUCUCGUCUCUUACAAUGGGACAUAAUACAUUAGAAACAUAUUUAACACGCAUCGAGGACAAUGUGAUAAAUUCUUUGGAGGAACUUUCUAGUAUGAACCACCCGGUUGAGUUUUUGAAAGAGACGAAAAAUAUUUCCUUUAAUAUUAUCAUUGAUAUUUUGUUAGGCUCUUACAAUCAACAUAUCAUAAACAAAAUCGGAAAUUCUUUCACUGAAAUGUAUAGUGCUUUGUUCUCUAUGCCCAUUAAUCUUCCUGGUUUUGCUUUUCGCAAAGGACUCAUGGCACGUGAGAAGCUGGGGAAAUUAGUUAAACCUAUUGUGGAAGAAAGGAGAUUGAUGAUAAAAAAUGGUGAAAGAAAAGAUCUACUUGAUGUUCUUUUGCAAGCAAAAGAUGAAGAUGGUUGGAAACCUGAGGAUGAGGAUAUUAUUGACAUAUUGAUAGGAAUUGUACUUGCUGGCCACGAAGCUACAGCUAGUGGUAUGAUGUGGUCAAUGAUAUAUCUUACACAAAAUCCACAUACUUUGGAAAAGGCCAAGAAGGAGCAGGAGGAAAUCAUGAAGACGAGACUGCCCACGCAGAAACAUUUAAGUCUUAAAUAUAUCAAGAAAAUGAACUAUCUUUCUCAAGUAAUCAACGAAAUGAUGCGCCUUACAAGUAUGAACUUUGCAAUUUUUCGAGAGGCAACAAUUGACGUUAACAUCAAUGGUUAUACUAUACCGAAAGGAUGGAAAGUGUUAACUUGGAUAAGAGCGAUACAUAUGGAUCCUACAUAUUAUCCAAAUCCAAAUGAAUUCAAUCCAUCUAGAUGGGAUGAUCACAAUAAAGUUGGAAGCUUCUUUCCUUUUGGAGCUGGAAGUAGAUAUUGUCCUGGAAGUGAUUUGGCUAAAAUUGAAAUUUCUAUAUUUCUACAUUAUUUCCUUCUUAAUUAUAAGCUUGAGCUAGUGAAUCCAAAAUGUCCUAUUACUAGUUUACCUUCACCCAAGCCCACAGAUAAUUGCCUUGCUAAGGUGAUAAAGAAUUCAAAUAUUGCAUAA